AGAAAAAGAAAAAGCGAAGCAAUCGUCGUUUCCUUUUUAUCAGCUUCUAUGGAUCCCACGCCCUUCGCUUUCUCCAUCCCACCAUUGUUAACGCUUCCAAUCACUCGGAGACAAGCCUGAGUUUUUGUUUUGUUUUGUUUUUUUUUUUUUUUUUUCAAUUCCCGAAGAAUUUCAAAUCCAUUAUCCAUAAGAAUUACGAUGCACUGACUUGAAUUUGGAAGUGAAAUCCCUACACUCCGCGUUUGGGAGGAUAUUCAGAUGGGUCUCUGCAUCUCCAAACACUCCGCAACCAGCCUUUCUUCUCCGAAGUUCGAUCCUGAACCUGCCGGGAACAAUUUUACACCGGUUCAGAAUAAAUCCGUCCAGGCCAAGGAUAGCACCAAAACAACUUCCAGCUCUGCCAAUGGCAAUGGCGAUAGCCAGAAACCUACCGCCGAGCAGAACGGGAAGAAAUCACCGUCAUUUCCGUUCUACAGUCCCAGCCCGGCGCACUACCUCUUCUCGAAGAAGUCUCCGGCCAGAUCUCCGGCAAAUGCGAGCUCGAACUCGACUCCCAAGCGGUUCUUCAAGCGGCCGUUCCCGCCACCGUCUCCGGCGAAGCAUAUACGGGCGGUGCUGGCCCUGCGACACGGAUUGGUGAAGCCGAACGAGGCGGCGAUACCGGAGGGGAGCGAGGCGGAGCAGGUGACCGGGCUGGACAAGAGCUUUGGGUUCUCCAAGCAUUUCGGGAACAAGUACGAGCUGGGAGACGAGGUUGGGAGAGGACAUUUCGGGUACACUUGCGCCGCCAAGUUCAAGAAGGGCGAGCUCAAAGGCCACCAGGUUGCCGUAAAAGUCAUACCCAAAGCCAAGAUGAACACUGCCAUUGCCAUUGAGGAUGUGAGAAGAGAGGUGAAAAUAUUGAGAGCAUUGACUGGGCAUAACAAUCUCGUAAAGUUCUAUGAUGCUUAUGAAGACCAUGACAAUGUGUAUAUAGUAAUGGAGUUAUGCGAAGGAGGGGAGCUCUUAGACAGAAUUCUCUCAAGGGGUGGGAAAUACACGGAAGAUGAUGCAAAGGCUGUCAUGAUACAGAUAUUAAAUGUUGUUGCCUUUUGCCAUCUCCAGGGUGUGGUGCACCGUGAUCUUAAACCUGAGAAUUUCCUUUUUGCGUCAAGGGAUGAGAACUCACAACUGAAGGCCAUAGAUUUUGGCUUGUCAGAUUUCGUGAAACUAGAUGAAAGGCUGAACGACAUUGUUGGUAGUGCAUAUUAUGUAGCUCCUGAAGUUCUGCAUAGAUCAUACAGUACAGAGGCUGAUGUCUGGAGUAUUGGUGUAAUUGCUUAUAUCCUAUUGUGUGGUAGCCGUCCGUUUUGGGCCAGAACUGAGUCUGGGAUCUUUCGGGCUGUAUUAAAAGCUGAUCCAAGUUUUGAUGAGCCGCCUUGGCCAUCUUUGUCUGCUGAGGCCAGAGAUUUUGUUAAGCGGCUUUUGAAUAAAGACCCACGAAAACGAAUGACAGCUGCUCAAGCUCUAAGUCAUCCCUGGAUUAAAAGUUCUAAUGAUGUAAAAGUGCCUCUGGAUAUACUUGUAUUCAAGCUCAUGAAGGCUUAUAUGCGAUCAUCAUCUCUACGAAAAGCUGCUUUAAGGGCUCUGUCUAAAACAUUGACUGUAGAUGAACUAUUUUAUUUGAAGGAGCAGUUUGCACUAUUGGAACCAAACAAAAACGGCAAUAUAAGCUUAGAAAAUAUCAAAGUGGCCUUGAUGAAAAAUGCAACACAAGCUAUGAAGGAGUCGCGGGUCCCUGAUUUUCUAGUGUCGCUUAAUGCAUUGCAAUACAGAAGGAUGGACUUUGAGGAGUUCUGUGCAGCUGCACUAAGCGUGCAUCAACUUGAGGCUCUUGAUCGGUGGGAGCAACAUGCUCGUUGUGCCUAUGAACUUUUUGAGAAGGAUGGAAACAGAGCUAUUGUUAUUGAGGAGUUGGCUUCGGAACUUGGCCUUGGUCCUUCAGUCCCUGUUCAUGCUGUUCUUCAUGAUUGGGUUAGGCAUACUGAUGGAAAGCUGAGUUUCCUUGGAUUUGUGAAAUUGUUGCAUGGUGUGUCUAGCCGGACCCUUGCAAAAGCUCAAUGACAGGUUCAAAGCCCAUGCUGGAGAACCAAGAAAGCAUUAGUUGUACCAUGCUGUGUCUUGACCUGUGCAAAAUAGCUGGUCAUAUGUGAUUAAUGCAUUUUCUAGGCCUUCAAUAUUCAUGCAUAUUUUCCAUCCAGUUGUGGUCAGCAGCACGGUCAUAUAUGGACUUUUCAUCUCGACGAACCAUGCCUGCUUUCCCCAAUACUCUCGGGAUUGGAGUUGACCCUUGCGCUCUCCUUCGAGCAAUGAAGCCUGUGAGUUUUGUGUUUCUUCUGUAAAGCUUUUAUCAGGUCUGUUUAGUUGCAGGUGAGGGUUUUUGUCAAAUGGUUGUUACUUGUUAGACAAGUAUACUUGAUCUCCUGACAGAUUGGAAUUGUCUAACAAGUCCAAAGUUGGGUUAGAUCGUACUUGCUGCUGAAUGCUCUCUAAUCAAAAGUUUGUGCCCAUCUUCACUCCAUAA